CGAAGCCGAGUGAGGAGGCGCCUCAGCCGGGGAGGGAGCGACGGAGCGAGACCCACCGCUGCCGCCGCCUGCCUGGAAAUUACCUCAGGCUGGAAUAGUCGCCUCAGGCUGGAAUAGUCGUCACGCCGCCGCCGCCGUCUUGCCCCCCGUCCCCGUGCAUGGAGCGGCACGGCGAGGGCGGCGGGCAGGCUCGGGAGCCGCCGCUCAGGAAGGGGAGGAGCAGCCGCCGCCGCCGCCGGGACGGGAGCAGCCCCUCAGCCUCGGCGCUCUGAGGGGAGAAGGAGCCGCCUCCGCCGCCUCCAUCGCUUGGCAACGGAAGCAGAACGUGAACCUUUAUGUGAUCCAAAUGUCUGCUGAAUGGAUGACGUGCCUGCGGUAAUUAAGGCCAAAAUGGAUUCAUGCUUCCUUGUCAUCCUGCUCAGCAGUUGUCUGACAUGCCUAGGAGCUGCCAAUAUGACCACAGUGCUACCCUCGACAGGUUCUCCCUUGCCCACAAGUUCCAUGAAACCUGUGAGGACGCAACCAAGUAGUGGGAGGCCCACAAGUCCCAUCAACAGGCAUGCUGCUUCUCCAACAGUGUCUUCUGCUGUGGUACAGAACCGUAGUACUACUCCUGCCGCCACAGAAUUCCCACCUGCCACCACCGUCAGCUCACCAGGCACAGAGGCUACGACCCUGAAUGUGACUGUGGUCACUUCUGGGCCCACCUCCCUUCCGGCAAAUGUCACAUCUUCAAUUCCACACACGAAUGCUGAAAAUACAGACUUUGUGCCCGUGGAGGACAACACCACCACGACAGCAGCAACUACUUCAGAAAUUUUUGUCACCCCAACCGAGACAGCAAAAAACGCAGAUGACAGUGACGGCAGACAAGAUGAGACACCCAUCAUAGCUGUAAUGGUGGCGUUAUCUUCCUUACUAGUCAUAGUAUUUAUUAUUAUUGUCCUAUACAUGUUAAGGUUCAAAAAAUACAAACAAGCCGGGAGUCAUUCCAACUCCUUUCACUUGUCCAAUGGUCGGACGGAUGACAUGGAGCCCCAGAGCAUGCCGCUGCUCGCCAGAUCUCCCAGUACCAACAGAAAGUACCCACCACUGCCUGUUGAUAAGCUGGAGGAGGAGAUCAACCGGAGAAUGGCAGAUGACAACAAACUUUUCCGUGAGGAAUUCAAUGCUCUCCCAGCAUGCCCCAUCCAGGCCACCUGUGAAGCAGCAUCUAAGGAAGAAAACAAGGAGAAGAACAGAUAUGUGAACAUCUUGCCUUAUGAUCAUUCCAGGCUUCAUCUGACACCUCUUGAAGGGGUUCCAGACUCGGAUUAUAUCAAUGCCUCAUUUAUUAAUGGGUACCAAGAGAAGAACAAGUUCAUUGCAGCCCAAGGACCAAAAGAAGAAACUGUGAAUGACUUCUGGAGAAUGAUUUGGGAGCAAAACACAGCCACAAUCGUCAUGGUGACCAAUCUGAAAGAGAGGAAAGAAUGUAAAUGCGCUCAGUACUGGCCAGAUCAGGGUUGCUGGACCUAUGGAAAUAUCAGAGUGUCCGUGGAAGAUGUAACUGUCUUGGUGGACUACACAGUGCGGAAAUUCUGCAUUCAACAGGUAGGCGAUGUCACCAAUAAAAAGCCUCAGCGCCUGGUGACACAAUUCCACUUCACGAGCUGGCCUGAUUUCGGGGUGCCUUUCACUCCCAUUGGGAUGCUGAAGUUCCUGAAGAAGGUGAAGACGUGUAACCCGCAGUAUGCAGGGGCCAUUGUCGUACACUGCAGUGCUGGUGUGGGGCGAACGGGAACUUUCAUUGUUAUCGAUGCCAUGCUGGACAUGAUGCACGCGGAGAGGAAGGUGGAUGUUUAUGGGUUUGUGAGCCGUAUCCGAGCACAGCGCUGCCAGAUGGUACAGACUGAUAUGCAGUACGUAUUCAUCUACCAAGCUCUUCUGGAGCAUUAUUUGUAUGGAGACACAGAGCUGGAGGUGACCUCACUGGAGAUCCACCUCCAGAAGAUUUACAACAAAAUCCCAGGGACCAGCAGCAAUGGAUUGGAGGAAGAGUUUAAGAAACUAACCUCAAUCAAAAUUCAAAACGACAAGAUGAGAACGGGCAACUUGCCGCCCAACAUGAAGAAAAACCGGGUGCUGCAAAUAAUUCCAUAUGAGUUCAACCGAGUGAUCAUUCCAGUGAAGAGGGGUGAAGAAAACACUGAUUACGUGAAUGCUUCAUUUAUUGAUGGCUAUCGCCAGAAAGAUUCCUACAUAGCCAGCCAAGGUCCUCUCCAGCACACGAUAGAGGACUUUUGGCGGAUGAUCUGGGAGUGGAAGUCCUGCUCCAUUGUUAUGUUGACAGAGCUGGAAGAGAGAGGUCAGGAGAAAUGUGCCCAGUAUUGGCCUUCCGAUGGCUCUGCGUCCUAUGGCGAUAUCACUGUGGAGCUGAAGAAAGAGGAGGAGUGUGAGAGCUACACCGUGCGAGACUUGCUGGUGACGAAUACCAGGGAAAACAAAAGCCGGCAGAUACGGCAGUUCCACUUCCAUGGCUGGCCGGAGGUCGGCAUCCCCACCGACGGGAAAGGAAUGAUCAACAUCAUCGCAGCUGUACAGAAGCAGCAGCAGCAGUCCGGAAACCACCCCAUCACUGUACACUGCAGUGCUGGAGCUGGACGAACAGGGACCUUUUGUGCCUUGGGCACGGUCUUAGAAAGGGUCAAGGCUGAAGGGAUACUGGAUGUCUUUCAGACGGUGAAGAGCUUGAGGUUACAGAGGCCGCACAUGGUCCAAACACUGGAACAGUACGAGUUCUGCUACAAGGUGGUUCAGGAAUAUAUUGACGCCUUUUCAGACUACGCCAACUUCAAGUGAAAAUGAAAAUCACACAACAGAAGAGUUGCCUUCUUUAAUACUUUGUAAUAUUCUGUUUGUUAAUAUCCCCUGCCCCCACAAAUGUGUAUAUAUCUUAACUGUUCUAGAGGGUUGGUACCAUAAGAUUCCUAUUAGCUGGAGAUUUUAUAUGUAGCAAAAAGUGUUAGAAAGAGAUUGUAGGCACUUUUUUUCCCAAUGUUUUCUUGGGGAAUUAAAUAGCGUGAUAUUUGGAUUAAUAUUGUCAAAUCUCUCUCCUGGAGAGUUGAUGCAGGCUGUUUUUUUGUUUUGUAAAUCUAUUUUUUUUUCCUUGAGAGGGAGUAAAGCCUUUUUAAAAACCAAAUGAGAUUCUUCAUAUCAGCUGUUUCUUUUAAAAGAAAAAUUGUGGCUCAAAAAUACCAUUUUUAGCAGACUUUUUUUUUUUAAAAAAAAACACCUUGGAAAGUGGUUUCAUAUUUUUCAGGUUUUUUUUUUUAAAAAAAGUAUUUAUCAGAGGUUUUAUAUAAGAGGUGCAUCUUGCUUGCACCUCUUUGAAGAGUUCUGUGCACAGGGUGUUCUUCCUCAUUUGAAAACAAUGGGACCCCCUCCCCGCUCCACAUUGUAGCCCCCUGAAUGUCGGGGGUGGUGUUUAAUCCUCCUUUCGACGGAGGAUCCCAGUGUUUGGAAUUUCAGUUGGGGAGAAGACGUCGCUCAGUUUUUGUUAAGCCACAAAGGCUGUUUUGAGUGUGUUGUGGAUGGCAAAGCCAGACGCCCCAUUGAUGCUUCAUUUGCUCUCACUUUUGACCAGCAACUUUUCUAACUGCACCAUCAGAUGCCUGAACAAGUCCAGCUAAAUUGCUUCCUUCUUUACUGUUCCGCUUUGCGCAUUUGCCUCUGCGUAUAACUGAGUUGUGUAUGUUUCAGCUUCCACUUGCUUUGCCUGCCUCUGCUUCUUUGGGCUUGAAAGGUCACAUAGAGUAGAACUACUGGUGAUGCUCAAGGCAGAGCUACCAUAGAGGACAGCAGCACAUCCUUCUCCAAGCUUCUUGUAAUUCUUAGGCAGAUGUAUUCCUGCUUCGCAGUGUCAUCCCAUUGCACACUCCCUGCCUGCUCUACAUCCCUGGCUGGUAGGGCGUAGAAAUGCCACAAGUGAGGAUGCCUAAACAUGGUGGAGAGAACUUGACUGGGCUGCCAUCAUUCCGUUGCACAUCUACUCCUCUUUAUACAAAGGGCCAGAUUCCCAGAGAUCUAGCAGGACUGCCUGGCAAGAAUACAUCUUAGAAUCAUAGAAUCAUAGAAUAGCAGAGUUGGAAGGGGCCUACAAGGCCAUCGAGUCCAACCCCCUGCUCAAUGCAAGAAUCCACCCUAAAGCAUCCCCGACAGAUGCUUGUCCAGCUGCCUCUUGAAGGCCUCUAGUGUGGGAGAGCCCACCACCUCCCUAGGUAACUGAUUCCAUUGUCGCACUGCUCUAACAGUCAGGAAGUUUUUCCUGAUGUUCAGCCGGAAUCUGACUUCCUGUAACUUGAGCCCAUGAUUCUGUGUCCUGCACUCUGGGAGGAUCGAGAAGAGAUCCUGGCCCUCCUCUGUGUGACAACCUUUUAAGUCUUUGAAGAGUGCUUGUCAUUUUAUUCUUAAACUCUGCACAGCUUGGCAGACCUCAUGUCUUUCUUUUCCACCGUUCCCUGUCUAACGGCUUUAAUCAACAGCCUGCCCUUCCUCUCACCCAUGACCAUGGAAAUCACGCCUUAAAUCCCCCGUUUUCCUUCUGUGGGUGUGGAAGAGAGACCCAGUCUACCAGGAGCCUCCUGCACAAACGCCAUUAACACGAAAUGGAAAUUGUAUGGGAUCCUACGAUUCAUUUCACUGGGACUCGCACAGCAGACAGUCCUAUCGGACUGAGCCCAGAUUUCUUCAUCUUUGAAGAAAUGGGGGCGAGGGAACACAGGAGACACGUUGAAAAUUAAUCUGUUUUAUUUCAAACUGAUAUCAUUUCCACGUCCCUCUUCGUUUUGAUUCUCAUCUUCUCUACCAGCCACCCUUAUUUUUGCAAGAGCACCUUUCUAUCUUUAUAGGGGCAUGUUUGGUUUUGCCUCAUCUCCUUUUUCAAUUGGUUUGCCAGGAACAUACCGCAGGGAAGAGCAAGGGCCUCCCAUUUUCAAGGGGAUGGAGAAAUGAUAGGUAACAUCCUUGAAUGAGAGCUGGGUGGUAGAAAUGGAGCUGAAGAGAAUCCCGUUCAAUCCUCAUGGGCCUGGAUGCUCAUUUAUUACUUUAGGAGUCUUUUCCCAACUCACAGUCGCAUAUGGAGUGCUUAGCUGCCAUAUAUUUGGGUUUGUGUGUGUAUGUGUGUGUGUGUGUGUUGUUUUUGUGUAGAAAGGCAGGAAAUAAGUCUUGACGAUAAAUAGUAAUGACCUCGCUAGAAUCCAAACGGCCUGGUUACAGGAAUUUGGAUCCAGGAUCAUAUUCGGUGUUUCACAUUUUCCCUGCCAACCUGGGCCAACAUAAAUAACUGUAUAUGUUCUGUGUGUCAGCAAGCCAGAGAGUUUAACAUGGAUGGCUUGUCUCUGAUCAGAGGCUGAGAGCUGUGUAUGCCACAGACCUAGGCAGAAACUUCAGGAACUCCAGUGUGCAGGGAGAGCUUUAGGAAAUGUGUUUGCCCACAACCCACACAGUUCUUACUCAAAGCAAUAUAAAGUAUUAAAAAAAACCGUGUACAUACAGAUUCAUACAAAUCUCACAUCUUAAUACAAGAUAUGAAAAACUCAUCUGAUAAAAACCAUAUGAAAACGCAUGUUCUUGGAAUCCUCAAAGUAAUACUUGUACAUUGCAAAAUGUAGACGCGUCUUAAUGUUUUGCAUUUAGACGAUGUCUGUGUAAGUGCCAGGCGCUCUUGAGAACAUAACAUGCUUGCUGGAUCAGUCCAAAAGCUAGUCUAGCAUUCUGCUCCCGUAGUGGCCAACCAGAUGACCACAGGAAACCCAAAACAAGUCACCAGUGUGAUAGUACUCUCCUGGUAGUGUUCCCCAGUAACUGCUCUAACGCUGGAGGUGAUAUAUAACUAUCAUGACUAGUAGCCAUUGAUGCCCCUAAAGAAGACUUCAUGAAUAAAUUAAUAUAUAAUGGAUGAGUUAUCCACAUCGUAUAAUUUGAGUUGUGAAUACACCAGAGAGUAAAUGUAGGUGGGGGAACACAACUGCAUAACACUUGGCCUUUGUGUCUCACUCUGUGGGGCGAACGUAGGCCACCCUUGUAAAGGCACGAGAUUAUCCCCGCACCUCCCCUAUGUUUGUGAUGCAGUAUUGACCCAUCCCAUUAAAUCCAUUGACUUCCUUCGAUGUGACUGGGAUUUGCCUACACUUUGAUUUCUGCCCAUUUUGAAACGUGCUUGGCUUGCAAGUCGAAACAGGUAGACCUUUCUUUUCAAAAGCAAAAAUAGUGUUUGUUUUGGAACCUAAUGGGAGUUCCCCAUUAACUUACUCCUCCUCCAGGAAGAUGCUCUCCAGCCGAGCUUUUUGAUUCUUCUGCCCUUGCCAAUGUAUGCUGUAUCUGAUGUAGAGACUUGUCUCCACAAAUUGUCCAUAGUUGGGCAAGCUGAUGGACAAAUGUGUUUUGGUCCAGAUGGGGUGUGACAUCCUACUGGUGUUCGGUGCCAUUUACCCUUUAGCUUCUCUUGGGCCCAGCACUUAGCAACUUCUAUCAUUAGUUGCCCAAGAGCCCUUUAGUGGGUGUGUCCCAACCUCCCCCAUCACCAGUUUGAGGACCACACCUUGCCCUCCAUAAAAACGAUUCCUGGUUUCCCCCAGAUGGCACAAGUAGUGAAGUCACCUCAUCCAUAAGCAGUCUUGUCACUCUUACUGUGGGAUUGCGUUGGGCACACGUGGCCAUAUUCUUACAAGGACCCAGAGCAAUUCCAUCCUUAGAUCCCCCAUAACAUGUUGCCAGACAGUGUUGCUCACCAUGGUCGCUGUCCACACACAGGUUUUCUCCCACAACAUGCUUACGAUGCAGGUAGCCAAUGCGCUUUUCAAGGGGUCAAACAUCAAUUGGAUGCUAAGCAGGUUGAUAGAGGAAACAUUCUGCACAUUAAGAUAUGGAAGACUAUAGAUAUAUACACUUAACAUUCAUGAGGUCCCAGGUCCAGACCCUGGUAUUUCUUGCAUACCAGGCCUGGGACCUUGGACUGCUGCUGCCAGUCAGUGUAAGCAAUACUGGACUAGAGGUGCUAUUGGUCUGACUUGGUUAUGGCAGGUUGCCAUAUUCAACCAUACAGACCCUGAGCAGUAAAGAGGGAUGGCUUGAGUGUGUGCAAAAGGGGUUUUGGUAUAGGGAGUCCCUCUUACACCAGAUAUGGUGGUGCAAUUCAUAUUGCCUCACAGUACCCUCACACUCACUGUAACCUGGGGACAAAUUCUUGCCAGAUUAUCUUUUCUCUAGUAUAAACAUCUGCCCAUAUGAAAACUACACAAUUAAGCCGAAUGCGGUGUAUGUAUGCUACUUAAUAUCGGCUAUAUAUUUUUUUUUGCUUGAGCAAUUGUGUUGCAGUUACGAGUGAGCAUAAUUGGUGUCUUCGUUUGAAGGCGAAGCCUCGUGUGCCAAAAAACGACUCACUCGCCCUACACCUCCCUGCAGAUUUGCCACUUGACUAUAUUGGGACUGCCAACGUAGGCUAAAACCAAGUUGCUUCUCCCUUCUGUCUGUUUCAGUAGCUGUAACUCCAUGCGGCCUCAUUCCGAAUGUCUUAAUAUCUUGUAUUUAUUUUUUGUUGACCAAGUAAAUGCUUUUCUUUUUUUAA